AUGGAGAGAUUACGAAAAUGCACACGAGCCACGGUGCUCUUAAUCCUCCUCGCCUCCGCCCACGCCGCUUCUAUCCCCUCCGUUUUUGGGCGACAAGACUCAUGCGCCGCCGACGGCUUCUCCCCCUGCGGUAAUGGACUGCCCAGCAACUUUUGCUGUGGGACAGGGACGACGUGCAUCACUCUAGCUGCAAACACCACCGUUCUCUGCUGUCCAGAGGGGAGCACCUGCGAUAAGAUUUCGCCCAUCACCUGCAACCUGAACCUGCAGGACCCCACGGCACAUCCCGAUGCGCAGAUCAAGACAACAGUUCUUACGGGCAAGCUUGACACUUGCGGCAUCGAUAAGUGCUGCCCCUUCGGAUACACCUGCAAUAAGAGCUUGCAGUGUGUGAUGGACUCAGAUCAGACCAAGGCGCCGGAGAUCGUGUCUACCUCCACCCCCGGCCCAACAUCCACCGGCGUUGCUCCCACCGUCAUUCCUACCGUCAUUCCCACCACCAUCGCGGCCAGCGCAGCCCCCGACGACGACAACAAGAACGACAGCACUUUCCCCACCGCCAUUGUCAUUGGCGUCCUUUGCGGUGUGCUGGCGGGCGUCGGUCUCGGUGUUGCCCUCCUCCUCUUCCUCGCCCGCCGCCGUCGACGCAGCACCGCAGCCCCGAACGAGAAGAAGCGCAGCGGCGCCCCGCGGCCCUCGACAUCGACCUCGUCCUUCGGCAACAUUAUCUCCGACCCCAUCCCCUUGUCCGACUCCGCCCUCCGGACCGACUUCAUCCUCAAGACCCCGUCAACGGUCAACUCCCGUGGCUUCGCCACGUCCCCGACACGCUACGGAGCCGGUGCUAACGGGCAUCACAACCGUCUGUCGUCAACGGCGACGACACUGGCACACCACCCCAUUGGCCUCGCUCGGAGUGACUCCGCCCCGGGGACGCCACCAAACCACACGCCGGAGCGGGGCAUUCCCGUUCCGCCUAUCCGAAGCAUGCGUCCCAACUCUGGAUCUCGACGGUACCAUCCUUCAAGGGUCCCGAGCCCGCUUUCCCCGCCGAAGCCGGGGUACAUUCAGCGUGAGCCAAGCAGCGAGAGCAUCAACGUGUUCGCGGACCCGCGGACCGUCGGGAGCGAGAGACCCGGGGCGAAGAGGAUGACGACGUUUACGGACAUGAUGGAGGAGGCGGAGCUCGGGGAGGUGAGGAGGGGGAAGCCCUACGUGCCGCAGACGCCGCAGAUGCCUUCGCAGGUGAAGCGGUGA